AUGCAGUGCUACACGGAGCUGACGCCUCCUACGGCAGUCACACACUCCCUAUCGUUACCCUUCACCUCGGCGCAAAGCAGCAACCUCGUUGUCGCAAGGGCCUCCCUUCUGCAGAUCUUCACCACCAAGUCAGUAUCCGCCGAGCUCGACAAUGCCCAGAACGCCCAGCUACAACCCUCCGCCGCGAAUCAACCCUACGAUGCGAGAGUCAAUGACGACGACGGCCUCGAGGCCUCCUUCCUCGGUGGUGACGCCGCCCUCGUCCGAUCGGAUCGCUCCCAAUACACGAAGCUGGUGCUUGUGGCAGAGUUCUCGCUCGCUGGCACCGUGACAGGACUCACGCGCAUCAAAUGCCAGACAUCCGCCUCUGGGGGUGAAGCUCUGCUGCUGGCCUUCAAAGAUGCCAAACUUAGCAUGGUCGAGUGGGAUCCCGUGAAGCAUACCAUACAGACUACGUCCAUUCAUUACUAUGAGCAGGAUGAACUCCAAGGGAGCCCAUGGGCUGCUCCGCUGAGCGAUUAUGUCAAUUUCUUGGCUGCAGAUCCCGGCAGUAGAUGCGCUGCUCUGAAGUUCGGGGCGCGGAGUCUGGCUAUCCUCCAGUUCAAGUCUGCCGAGGAAGACAUAGAGAUGGAAGACUGGGAUGAGGAGCUGGAUGGGCCACGUCCAGUAAAGGAGCUACACACCACGCUCGCAAAUGGAACUAGCAGCAAUGAAGAGACUCCAUUUUCAACCUCAUUUGUCCUCCGACUCCCCAAUCUAGACCCUAGUCUCAUCCACCCAGUGCAUAUUGCCUUCCUCCAUGAGUACAGAGAGCCAACCUUCGGCAUACUCUCGUCGACCUCGUCGCCGUCUGCGGUCCUGGGUCGGAAGGAUCAGCUUUCUUACAUGAUAUUCACGCUCGACCUCCAGCAAAAGGCCUCUACAACUAUCCUAGCGGUGAAUGGCCUCCCUCAAGAUCUCUACCGCGUACUGGCAUUACCACCACCAGUCGGUGGUGCUCUCCUGAUCGGUACAAAUGAAUUGAUACACAUCGACCAGUCUGGGAAACCCCAUGGCGUCGGCGUCAAUUCUUUUGCGAAACAAGCAACUUCGUUCAGCCUAGUCGAUCAGUCCGAACUUGAUCUAAGGUUAGAGGGAUGCGAAUUCGAGUUCCUCUCCCCUGAUACCGGGGAGCUCCUGAUGGUGCUCAAUGAUGGACGCCUGACACUGGUCAAUUUCCGAAUCGACGGCAGGACAGUGUCGGGGCUGAGCGUUCGGAUAGUUACGCCAGAAGCUGGUGGGGCCAUUCUUCCCACUCGCGUCACAACGAUCAGCAAACUUGGAAGAACAUCGCUGUUUGUGGGCAGUGAAGAGGCGGAUUCUCUAGUUAUUGGCUGGACGCGAAAACAAAGCCAAACUGGGAAGAGGAAACAUCGGCUGCAUGACGCCUCGCUGGACCUUGACAUAAGCGACGAGGAUUUGGAAGACAUGGACGAUGACGACGAUUUGUACGGGGACGACUCUGCACCGGCGAAAGACUCGAGUGCAGGUGGCGGCUCUGGUGGGAAGAUCGGAGAGCACGUUUUCCGCAUACACGACCGUCUUGUCAGUAUCGCUCCUAUAAGAGACUUUACCCUCGGGAAAUCCUCAGUCUCCGAGGACGAUGCUCAGAUGAACGAGGCAGGGGUCAGUAGCGACCUGAGUCUCGUGUGCGUGGUUGGAAGAGGUAACUCUGGCUCUAUUGCCAUCAUGAAUCGAGCGAUCCAACCGAAAGUCAUUGGUCGGUUUGAAUUUCCCGAAGCGAGGGGCUUCUGGACAGUGGCUGCUCAGAAGCCAAUACCGAAAUCUUUACAGGGUGACAAGGGGGCUGCAUCAUUGGGUGCUGACUACGAAUCGUCAGCCCAGUGUGACAAGUUCAUGAUUGUCUCCAAGGUGGACCUGGAUGGUUACGAGACCUCCGAUGUCUACGCAUUGACCGGAGCAGGGUUUGAGGCUUUGACUGGCACCGAAUUUGAUCCAGCUGCUGGCUUCACUAUCGAGGCUGGAACCAUGGGCAAGCAUAUGCGAGUCAUACAAGUACUCAAGACAGCUGUCCACUGUUAUGACGGAGACUUUGGACUCAGUCAGAUUCUCCCUAUGCUGGACGACGAGACUGGUGCCGAACCUAGGAUCGACAGUGCCAGUAUAGCCGAUCCAUAUCUCCUGCUGGUAAGAGAAGACGCAAGUAUUUACCUCGCCGGAAUCGAUAAAAGCUUCGAACUGGAUGAAGUCGAGAAAGAAGACGAUAGGCUUUCCUCUACGAAAUGGGUUACUGGCUGUCUAUACGAGGAUGCUGCUGGUAUCUUCGCCCAGGUUCAAAGCGACAAGGGCACCAAACCAGGUCACGACGUAGUAAUGUUCUUGCUCAGCAAGACAGGAGCUCUAUAUAUUUAUGCUCUACCCGAUUUGUCGAAGCCCAUCUACGUAGCCGAAGGCUUGUCGUUUGCACCUCCUAUACUUUCAGCAGACUAUGCAGCUAGACGAGGGACAGCACGCGAGACUUUUAAGGAAAUCUUGGUUGCCGAUCUCGGAGACAGUACAUCUACAUACCCAUAUCUGAUUGCUCGAGAUAACAAUGACGACGUCGUGGUAUAUGAACCCUUCCGGACACCAUCGGAAGCUACCUCUCAACUAUCCCAGUCGCUUCAUUUCAAAAAGCUACCCAACACGUCUUUUGCUGAGAGCUUGGAAGUUGCGACAGAUGAUGAGGUUGAGCAACAACGAACUUGUCCCAUGCGCCAAUGCCAGAAUGUAGCUGGAUACAGGACGGUGUUCUUGCCUGGAGAUUCGCCUAGGUUCGUUAUGAGAUCUUCUAGGACCGUACCAAAAGUUGUCGGACUUCAGGGCCCUGGUGUUCGCGGCAUGAGCCCGUUCCAUACUGCUGGAUGUGAGAGAGGUUUCAUUUAUGCGGACUCACAGGGUAUUGCACGGGUCUCUCAGAUACCAACAAUCGGUACUACCUACGCAGAGAUUGGCAUGUCUCUGAGGAAACUUCCACUAAAUAUCGACGCCCAUUCCAUCACCCACCAUCCGCCUACUGGGACUUUUGUCGUGGGUUGCGAUACGUUCGAGCCGUUCGAGCUACCAAAGGAUGAUGACUACCGCAAAGAGUGGCAUUUGGAGAAGGACCUUACCUUCAAGCCGACUAUCGAACGCGGGCAGAUCAAGCUGAUCAGCCCUAUUACCUGGACGGUCAUCGACACUAUUGAGAUGGAACCAUGCGAAAUCGUCAUGUGCGUCGAGACUAUCAAUUUGGAAGUGUCCGAGUCUACGAAUGAGCGGAAACACCUGAUCGCUGUAGGCACGGCCAUCUCCAAGGGAGAAGACCUACCUGUCAGAGGCCGGGUUUUCGUAUAUGAUAUCGUGACAGUCAUCCCCGAGCCAGGGCGACCGGAAACGAACAAGAGGUUGAAACUGGUUGCGAAAGAGGACAUUCCCCGUGGCGCGGUCACGGCUCUCUCCGAGGUUGGUACUCAGGGGCUGAUGCUAGUCGCCCAAGGGCAGAAAUGCAUGGUCCGUGGUCUGAAGGAAGACGGGACUUUGCUACCUGUCGCGUUCAUGGAUAUGAACUGCUACGUGACGGCCGUCCGUGAGCUCAAGGGAACCGGGCUUUGCCUCAUGGCUGAUGCAGUGAAGGGUGUCUGGUUCACGGGUUACACCGAGGAGCCUUAUAAGAUGAUGUUGUUUGGAAAGAGUUCGACCAAGCUGGAGGUCUUGACGGUCGACUUUCUCCCGGACGGACACGAACUCCUCAUUGUGGUCUGUGACUCCGAUGGCGGCAUUCAUGUGCUGCAAUUCGACCCCGAGCAUCCCAAAUCCCUUCAAGGCCACCUCCUCCUGCAUCGCACCACAUUCUCAACUGGCGGAAAUCUACCAACCCGCAGCAUGCUCGUCCCGCGCACCCUGCCCGCAACAUCCGAUUACCUAGCCCCAGACCCCGAAACCAACGGCACGACCACCAACGGCGCGACCGGCAGCAGCAGCGACCAGCCCCCAGCGCCGCCUUCCACCAUCCUCCUCGCCGCACCCACGGGCGUCCUCGCGACUCUCUCCCCGCUUGCGGAGCCGCAGUACCGGCGGCUCUCGUUCCUGACGGGCCAGCUGCUCUCGUCGCUGCCGCACCACGCGGGCCUGAACCCGCGCGACUACCGCGCGCCCGUGUCGACGGGCGCCAUGGGCCGCUUCCCGCCGGGCGUCGACGCGGGCAUGGGCCGCAGCAUCGUCGAUGGCGCGCUGCUGGCGCGCUGGAACGAGCUGGGUGCCGGACGGCGCGCCGAGAUCGCGGGGCGCGUGGGGUUUGCGGGCGUGGGCGAGAUUCGGGAGGUGCUGCGGGAGGUGUUGGGAGCGGGUGGGUUGGGGUAUUUGUGA